AUGACGAAAAUGAUGAUUUAUGGUAGAAAAAUCAGAAAACCUAGAAAAAAGAAACGAUGGUGGGUUGCACCUGGGCGUACUGAUAACUGGAGGAUAAGGAUGACCUCUGGGGAAGCUCCUCUUGAAGAAUGGAAUAAGAAUUUUCGUAUGAGUAAGGAAAACUUUGUCGAACUUGUCAAUGAGUUACGACCAUUCAUCACUCUUGAUCCAAAUUCUCCUCGAUUAGACACAGCAACCCUAAAGAUGACAGCCAACGCAUUUGGAAUAAGUGUACCAACAACUUCUAAAUGUGUGAAGAACGUUUGUAAAGCGAUAAAAGAUCAUUUAGGCCUAAAGUAUAUAAAAAUACCAGCAGGUGAUGAACUGAUAGAUUCUAUAAAGCGUUUUGAAGAUGAACUAGGUUUUCCACAGGUUUUAGGUGCUGUUGACGGAACACAUGUGCCAAUUGUGCAACCAAAUGAAAACAGUCAUAGUUUUUUCUCUUUUAAGAUGAAAUAUACAUUGAAUGCACAAGCUGUUUGUGACUCGUCUGGGAAGUUUAUCGAUGUUGAAAUUAGAUGGCCAGGAGGCACACAUGAUGCCAAAGUUUUUGCUAAUUCUGGAAUCAACAGAGCACUAAAAGAAGGGACUGUUCUAAAAAUGUCCAUUUUUUUGCUACUAGGAAGAGAUGCUAUACCAUUACUUUUGUUGGGUGACCCUGCAUAUCCUCUACUUCCCCACUGCAUGAAAAAAUAUUCAACCUGCUACACAAAUGAACAAGUUAUCUUUAAUCAAAUGUUAAGAAGUGCUAGAAAUAAGACACAAAAUUCAAGUGGACAAUACUCUAGUACAGAGCAGAUUGCAACUGAUGCUGAACAGCAACCUACUUCAUUUGUCCAAAGCAGAUAUUUAUGCAACACAGCUCAAGGAGUUCGCACCAGGGAUGUUAUCACUACAUACUUCAAAGAAUAUUUAUUGUAA